AUGGGCACAACACAGGCUUCACUUUCAUGCAGUGAAUCAAAAAGUAAAUCAAAGAAAGUUUUUGUGGACAAUCUUUGCAAACAGAUCACCAAAUGGCAUGAUGAAGGAUGUGAGGUGGUUUUGGGUAUAGAUGCAAACGAGGAUGUCACUGUUAACGCACCCCAGUCUAUCCACCACCGCUUCCGGGCCUACGGUCUUGAGGAGGCGAUCCUAAAACACCAUCCACCACAAGCGACCCACCAGCGCAACCAACAGAACAUUCCAAUUGAUGGUAUCUUCACCACUUUGGGCGUACCAAUCCUUGCGGGUGGGUACUACGCCUUUGACGAAUUCUUUGAUUGCGAUCAUCGCGGCUUGUGGAUUGACAUUGAUCUUUCCGCCUCCUUGGGCAACUUCCAACCUCAGAAAUCCAACUUCAAGCCACGGAAGUUGUCCCUCCAAGACUCUCGAUCUGUACGCAAAUAUCUUCAAUUGGUUCACAAAGGUUAUGCCAAGUACUCCAUCCCAGAGAGAUUGAAUAAGCUGAAUAAGCGUAUUGACCACCUGGGACACCAGAUGACUCCUUCCUUGGUGCGCAAAUACAACUGUUUACACAGAAUACUGUGA